CUGCGCUGGGCUGUCAAACUGCCCUUCCCUGCCACUCAGCUGCUGGCCACAAUGGUGGGCUGAGACAGAAGGAGGCAAAGAGGGAAGAAUGCGAUGGUGACAGGGAGCUCCAGGUGGGACUUCCCCUYCAGCCUUGCUUCCUGUGCAAGAAGCCAGUGUGUCCUAUUGCUUCCUCUUCCCUGUGCAGGACAGCAGCUAGGACUGCUUUCAAGGUUACGUCUCAUGUUUCUUYAUCACCAUUGGGAGAAAUUGAAGUCCCGUGCCCCUUCCUGAGCCAGCAGGCAGCUCGCUCUGGGAACACUUCUCGUGGGUGCUCUGUGGCGUGACCCUGGCAGGAGGGGCUGCAGGUGACCCCUGGGGCCACUGGAUGGGGUCUGGGGUCUCGCCCGCCCCGGUUCCGCUCCGGAAUCAUUGCGGAUCCUUGUGGUGUCCCUGGGCUCAUCGGGAGCUGGUGGGGCACSGAGGGUGCGAGCCCCCACCCUCCCGGUGGCCCCCGGACCCCGCCCGGUGACUCGCCAGCCCCCCGAGGAUGAAGACGCUGGUCCGGCUCUUCCUGACGCUGCUGUGCGCCGUGGUGGUGGCSGUGCUGUACAUCCUGCUGCGCUCCCAUGCCCGAGUGCAGCCCUGCUGCCAGGCCCCGGGGCUGCGGGACAGCCCCGCCGCAUCCACCGUCCGCAGCUUCCAGGGCUACAGCCGCGUUCCCGACGGCAAGCCUCUGGAGCGAGCGCUGUGCCGCCACUGCGCCGUUGUGUCCAGCUCGGGACAGAUGCUGGGCUCGCAGCUGGGACAGGCCAUCGAUGGGCAGGAGUGUGUCCUGCGCAUGAACCACGCUCCCACCACCGGCUAYGAGCAGGACGUGGGGGCACGCAGCACCAUCCGCGUGGUCUCGCACACCAGCGUCCCGCUGCUGCUGGGGAACCAGCCCUACUUCUUCCAGCAGUCCCAGGAGACCCUCUACUUCAUCUGGGGGCCGGCCAAGAAGAUGAGCAGGGAGAAGGUGGGCUCGACCUACCAGGCACUGCUCAAGGUGAUGGAGAAAUACCCCCAGCUGCAGAUCUACACCCUGACUGAGGAGAAGAUGACGUACUGUGACGAUGUCUUCCAGAACGAGACAGGAAAGAACAGGAUGAAAUCYGGCUCCUUCCUGAGCACGGGCUGGUUCACCAUGAUCCUGGCCAUGGAGCUGUGCGAGCAGAUCCGCGUCUUCGGCAUGGUCAGCGACAGCUACUGCAGGGAGAAGAACCACUCCAGUGUGCCAUACCACUACUUUGAGAAGGGCCGGCUAGACGAGUGCAAGAUGUACCUGAUGCACGAGCGAGCUCGCCGCGCCGGGCACCGCUUCAUCACCGAGAAAGCCAUCUUCUCCCGCUGGGCCAAGAGGAGGAACAUUGUCUUCAACCACCCAUCCUGGGCAGGCGGGUAGGGCGCCAGCCAUGGGGUGAGGCAGCAGGAACCCCGGCAGCGGGGCAGCUCUCAUCCUGCAGCAACGUGUCUCAGCUCUGCCAGUGCCAYGGUUGGACACCUUUUGCCAAGCCCUGGAGCAGGGAGUCUGUGUUUCUGCAGAAGCAGUGCCUGUUUGCCCGGCC